UGGUACAUUUGGGGGCAGUUGUACAUGUCAAGUCACUUUCACUUUCCAUCCAUGCCGCGAGUUGUUUCAAAAAGUGGUGGGGACAAUACUGACACUGGCAAAAAAUGGUGGGAACACGUCCUAACUGUCCUGCCCACAAAUUACACCUAUGCCUGUGGCCCAGAUCUGCUCUCUGUUACAGCUGAACAUGUGGUCUCAUGAUGUACGUUCAUCUUCAUAGAACUGACUGCACAAGUAAUAGAUGGUUUCCUGUGGUCUAAUGUGUUACUUCCUAAUUCACCUAUUGUGUGAGUCUCGUCUCUUUUUUAACUCUUGCUGUAAUGGAGUUGUUCAUCUUCAUUGCUUUUCUUCUCCUUAUGGAGGUUCAGUCUUACAAAUCUCCUGCUGUAAAAGUAUCUCCAGAUGUCAUAAGAGAGUCCAGCUCAGUGAAGAUGAUCUGUGAGAUGUUGCCAGCAGAUGUUGCAGUGAAACAGUGUUAUUUCUACAUAAACAGAGGAAAAGAGAAGAAUAUAAAAGUUAGUCCAUCUUGUGAGCUCAAUCUCACUGGUGCUGAAGUGCUCAUAUGGGCAGCUGUAAAAUCACCUGCAUCAAUCAACAUUAACUGCUUCUACACAAUACAUAAACACGGGAUUGAUAAACCAUCAUCUCAUUCUCCUGCUGCCACUGUGACGGUUCUAGGUUCACUUCAGAAACCCACCAUGAGUGUUAGUGAUGAUGAUGUCCAGAUCAACAUAGCCUGUGAAAUUCUACUAUCAGUCAGAGUUGAUUUCAUCUGUCGUCUCUACACUGAGGAUGGUCUUCUGCGCACAAGUUACUCUCAGGGGAAACAGUCUGGAGGGCAUCUUUGUAUGUUUUAUUCAAGUCAUAGUGAACUCUUGACAGGAUCAGAGAACAGACAGCUGAGCUGUGAUUAUUCACUCAACACUGAACCUGAGAUCAGAUCACCGCGCAGUGACACAAUCACCGUCAGAGCACCAGAUGCACAUCAUGUUACGACAGCCAAGAAAACCUCUUUACCUUUAAUGUCCACUUCUGAAACAUACAGUACAGCUGUAGACAGCCAUUCCAAGUCAAACCUGUCAACCACAUCAGAGGAAACCACAUCACCAGAUGCACAUCAUGUUACGACAGCCAAGAAAACCUCUUUACCUUUAAUGUCCACUUCUGAAACAUACAGUUCAGCUGUAGACAGCCAUUCCAAGUCAAACCUGCCAACCACAUCAGAGGAAACCACAUUUUCAACACCAGCUACCAAUGCACAUGUGACACCAGCCAUGACAACCUACUCAUUUUCCAAAUCAAACCUGCCAACCAGCACAACAAAGGAAACCACAUUUUCAACAACGUCCACACAAAAAACGUCACAAAGGGACACAAAAAUAUCAAUAAUGGCUGCUGUUUCCACUACUAAAACCCCAGAAUCCACCAGAACUGACACAUGGUUUAUAGCUCUGGUUUCAACUGCUGCUGGUGUCAUUUUGAUUGGACUCAUCUGUCUGUGCUGCUUUGCAUGUAAAAAAAGAACACGAAAAAGCAAUAAAAUGAGAUCAAUAACAUCAGAUGUGCCCAGUCAAGAAAUUGGUAUGAGUUCUGGACCUGCAGAGACAUAUUCUCUGAUCACUUCUGUACCAGCCACAUCUCAGCCCAUAUCUGUGGGCCUCGAACACCCAGAUUCCCAUCAGGACAACACACCAGAUCCCACAGCAACUUACUCUUUCGUUAUGUCUGAUAAUUCAAUGUACCAGCCCUCAGAUGUUUUGGUCAAUAAACAACAGACAGAGGGAAGUACAAAGGAAAAUGAGAAUGUUUACCACCUGUACUGCACGAUUCCUGACAAACCAGUUCACUCAAACGCAGCAGAUCAAGUCUACAGUUUGGUGAAGAUGCACUGAUGAGUCUCUGUUGUUUCAUUAUGUACAGUAUAUUCAUUAUAAAGUUUCUUUACUUGAAGCAAAAUAGGUGUUUACUUUCAUUAUUCAGUGCUUGGUGUGGAACCACUUAUAAUACUGGAUUUAAAAUAUCACAUUUAAUAUUAAUACUAUUUAUUUUUAACCAUCCCUGGCUUUGUCUGAAAUUAUCCGUUUUAAUAGAAAAUGUACGGCUUGUCAGUAAACUGCCACCAUUAUGUUUAGCUAACGUCAUUCCAUAGGAAAAAGUAGGCUUUGCUUUGAAAACAUUAUCCAUAUAAAACCGUAAUAUACAGAUGAAAUUGUUUACUUACGGUUUGGCAUGUGGCUUCUGUCAGAUCCAAUCCAGCUAUAUCAAUCUUCUUUUUACAGUCUAUGGAUCCAAUACAGUUGGCUGCUUCAUCUUUCAACAAAAGUUUCUUUGCAAACUCUCCAUUAUACUGUGCCUUCGUUUAAAAAAACACAGUAAAAUGUUCUGAACAAACAUAAUUCUCCGAUGUGAACCGGGACGCCAAUAAAAACAAACCAUCCACUUGUUCCUGUGGAAAAUGUCCUUCUGAAGUCUGUACAGAGACACAAACACCAUUUAUGAUGCGUCCAAGAGGAAUUCUUUUACUAUUCAUUUGUCCUGAUGUCUGUACCUCUUCAACUGAUCUGGUAUCUGUAUUCUGUAUAUUGUAUCCAGUGUAGACAGUGUCACGUCAGUUAUUAUAAAUUUGCUUUUAACAAGAUGUGACGCUUGUGUCUGGUGAAGAGUGGGCGGUUUACGGAUGAUGUAAACCGAUUUGCCGAUGUCUUGCAGUCAUAUUUGCCGGUGUGACGCCAGAUCCCACAAUAUCAAAAUGAACCGCUUUUGGAACUUUAUUAAAUGAAUGCUUUGUUUAUAAGCUAUGAAACUUGUAGAAUGUUUUCAUGACACAAAAACCAUUUAUAUGUCAAAAGAUCAAGGAAAAUUUGAUUUCUCAUGUCAUAAUGACCCCUUUAACUGUAAAAUGUAUGGGUUUUGAAAGUAAAGACGAUGAAUUAUCAUAUAUUUUCAUAAAUUAUAUAUAUUUACGGUGAAAAACAGUAAAAGGACAUUCCCUGAAGUCCCCGUGUGACAUGACUUAUGAUUAU